CGCGGAGCGGCCCGGCCCAUCCCAGCCCAGCUUCAGCUCAAGCAGAGACGAGCCGGCUGGUGGCGGCAGCUCCCAGCCCUUGCCGGUGCAGGGCCUCAGACCGAGCGGGGCCUUGGCCCGGGACGCUCCGGGAGCCCGCCGCGGCUGGCAGCAGGAGGAAGCGGCGGCGUCGCGUCCCGAGCGGUGCGCGCCAUGGCGGGCGGGCCCCCCAAGGCCCUGCCGUCCACGGGGCCCCACUCCCUGCGCGACAUGCCGCACCCGUUGGCCGGCUCCAGCAGCGAGGAGGCCGUGGGAGGCGACAGCACGCCCAGCCCGGACCUGCUGAUGGCCCGAAGCUUCGGUGACAAGGAUCUCAUUUUGCCCAAUGGUGGGACUCCAGCAGGCACCUCCAGUCCAGCUUCAUCAUCUUCCCUUCUCAAUAGACUUCAACUUGAUGAUGACAUUGACGGUGAGACCAGAGAUCUCUUUGUCACAGUUGAUGAUCCCAAGAAGCAUGUGUGCACUAUGGAAACCUACAUCACAUAUAGGAUCACCACCAAAAGUAGUCGGGCAGAGUUUGACCUGCCAGAAUAUUCUGUUCGCCGAAGGUACCAGGAUUUUGACUGGUUGAGGAACAAACUGGAAGAAUCCCAGCCCACUCAUCUCAUUCCCCCGCUUCCUGAGAAGUUUGUGGUGAAAGGUGUCGUGGAUCGUUUUUCAGAAGAGUUUGUGGAGACCAGAAGAAAAGCUUUGGAUAAAUUCCUAAAAAGAAUUACGGAUCAUCCUGUGCUCUCUUUCAAUGAACAUUUUAAUGUUUUCCUUACUGCUAAGGACCUGAAUGCCUACAAGAAGCAGGGGAUAACAUUGCUGACCAGAGUGGGCGAGUCGGUAAAACAUGUCACCAGCGGCUACAAGCUGAGGAGCCGGCCUCUUGAAUUUGCAGCCAUUGGUGAAUACUUAGAUACGUUUGCACUCAAACUGGGGACCAUUGAUCGAAUAGCCCAGCGGAUCAUCAAAGAAGAAAUAGAGUACCUUGUAGAGCUGAGAGAAUAUGGGCCUGUGUACUCCACAUGGAGUGCGUUAGAGGGUGAGCUGGCUGAGCCCUUGGAGGGUGUGUCAGCUUGCAUUGGGAACUGCUCUACAGCCUUGGAAGAGCUGACAGAUGACAUGACAGAAGACUUCCUACCUGUGCUCAGGGAAUAUAUUUUAUACGCUGACUCCAUGAAGAGCGUAUUGAAGAAGCGGGACCAAGUUCAAGCGGAGUACGAAGCCAAACUGGAAGCUGUGGCUCUGAGAAAGGAAGACCGCCCCAAGGUGCCAGCAGAUGUGGAGAAAUGUCAGGAUCGGAUGGAAUGUUUCAAUGCUGAUCUGAAAGCUGACAUGGAGAGGUGGCAGAACAACAAGAGGCAGGACUUCCGGCAGCUGCUCAUGGGGAUGGCUGACAAGAACAUCCAAUAUUAUGAGAAGUGCCUCAUGGCGUGGGAGUCUAUUAUUCCACUACUGCAGGAGAAACAAGAGAACAAGUAAGUUCCUUCUUAGGACAGAGACUCUUCUACCUACACAGGGCAUGGCACCCCAUACCGGCAUGUCUCUGCAGUGCCAGUGAGGCGGCGCUGGGAAAACAGCCACAGAAACAUCUCUCCUUUGUGUAUUUUUCCCUGCCCCUACCCCCGUCCCACAGUUGUUUUCAAUGAGUAUUUAUUCCUUGGUGGAUUCUGUGAGGCUGUAAUCAUCUCUCAGCAAAAGACGCAUACCUCCAUGUUGAGACGGAACCGAAUGAAUGGAGCACUAUGAAGAUUUUGAGACUGAGGAACGAGACAACCCACUGUUGACAUUCUGACAUCUCAUGACGGUCGCCUCUUUUGGGACAGCUGAGUUGCCUGUUUUGGGAGAGAACCUGGGUCCUGCUUUUCAAGGACACGAAGGAGGCAUGAAUGAAAGGCUGCUGUGUCUUUCCGUGGAGACAUGAUGGUUCUGGAAUGGACCUCUGUAGUCGUUCACUUGUCUCAGCCUUGAGGGAGGUGUUGGCACCUCUGUGGAAAGUCCUUAAUGUACAGUGGCCUGUAGCUGUGAGUGUGGCCUGCUACCUGCUUGUGAUGAGUGAGACCUGUCCUCUUGUUUCUGGUUUGUGUGGGCCCAUUUAAAUCAGUGUCUAUAUGCAUCCAUGGCUGAGCAAGCAAGCCAGCAUCCCUGUCCUCAUGGGAUGCCUCCGGAAGCUGAGGGACAUGCUCCUCAAACUUGUUUCUGACACCGGGAUGCAAUAGAUUGGAAACUUUUUGUGUAAAAUGAAAAAAGGUGCAUUUUUCUCUGUGAAGUUCUUCAAUGUUUUUCUUUUGCUUGUUAAUUGUCAUCAGAGUAGGGAUUAGGCCCAUUAGGGAAUAUCUAUUGUCUUGAAGUCAAAGUAGCUCCCUGUUGUUGAGAUCAGUGCCAUAUACCAAGCCCCGCUUCCAGUGUCUGCUUUGUGCAACUUGCCUUCACCUCACCAAAAAUACCUAGUUUAAUAUUUCCUACUAUGUCCACUGAAUGUUUGGGCAAGCUUUUGGUGAGAGGGCUGAUAUGUCGUAUUGUUUUGACAUAGUCAAAAUUUGUAAACUUAAUGUGAAUGUUCUACAUAAAGUGCUUUAACCCUCAACAUUUCCUGGUCAGGAAGAAAAGUCACUACCUGCACGGGCCUUGAAGUUGACAAGUAUAACUAACAGCAAACUCUGCUUCUAGCUAAGUUAAAAUCUCCCCAAUUUACAGCCAAUUCCUGGGGACUGCUGGCUGCAUCUAAAGUCUUCAUUUCAAACUAUUACCAGGUUUCCUUUUCAAAUUAACACCAAACAAGCAGACAAAAAGGAUCUAUCGUCCAACUCAUUUUUCCCCCUCCUGAAAUGAAGCUACAUAUGUCAUGGCUCAUCUCUAUAAAACUAUAAAUCUGAGCCUCAAAUAAAUGGUAGUUUUUUGUGUGUUUUUUAAAUGAAACAGCUGUGCUAAGACAGUGCUUUCAUGAGCAAGUUAACCUGCAAACACUGGUCAAAACACAACAGGUUGACAUCACUUCAUUCCGCUUCUAACUGCAGAGUUGACCUUGCGUCUGCCACAGCUGUGAUGCUGUUGGGGGCCGCAGUUGGACAGCACAGAACAGUUUGGUUCUAUUUCUUCGUGUUUGACAAAGUUGCAGUUUCAAUGAUAAUUUUUACAUCAAUUGGUACUUGCGUGUACUGUUAAACCCCAUCCAUGCCACUCUAAAAUCCUUUGAUAUGAAUUUUGUUUGGUACAAUUAGAGGUGAUUUAUUGAAGUGGAAGGGUAAGGGUCCAUCUACCCCCGAGAGGUGGUUCAGCUUUUCAUUCUACCUCUGAACCGUCGUGCUGGUGUGAGUGUGGAUGUCUGGGUCCGACCUGACGGUGUGCUGGUGGAAUCGGGGUGCAUAUCUAACAGCAAGUUGACAGCCCUCUAUUGCUAUUUGGCAGAAGACACCAGACCGACCCAGCAGCAAAUGCUCAUCUUUGGGAACAUGUGGAGUUUCGCCUUGUGCGAUGUGUGCUUUAAAAAUGUCCAGUGUAAUGAAUGCUUGAAAAGGACUGCCAAAAGAGUUACAGGAAAGCUAGACUCUGACUUCCUGCUAGUUGCCAAAGCUCGGAAAUAUUCCUGUGUGAUGGUUACUUGGGAAAGAAGGCCGCACUUCAGAAAAGUCAUCAGGUCCCUCACUGGGGGGAGGGGAGUGGGGUGCACAGUUAUUCCCUGUCAUUAUGGGAGGCAGAAGUGUGGCUCUGAAGGGAUUCAGGCACCUUGGGAUUUUGUCUUCAUUCUGUUUGGUCCUCAUGUGAUAUCCUGUGCUUUAAGAUG